CCUGCGCAGUGAGAUGUUUGUCCGUCGCCGCCGCCGCCGCCAUCGCGGAGGAGCGCGAUAAAGGGAGCCGAGCCGGGCGUGAGGGGGACCCCGCGGAGCCGCCGCGCCAGCGCAGUCCCCCAGCCGAGCCCGAGCCGCCGGAGACCGAGCCGCCGCUGCCCCCGCCGCGGCCGCCCAGGGGCCGGCCAGCUCCCCAGCCCAGCCCGGGGGCCGCGCCGCCGCCGCCGCCCCCAGCGUCGCCCCUCGCCUGCCCGCCCGCCUUAAAUGUGACACCGGCGCCUCGGAGUGCGACCUGAAGCCGCCGCCGGGGAGGGGACGAGCACCAUGUCGAAUCUGAGCAAAGGCACGGGCAGCCGGAAGGACACCAAGAUGCGGAUCCGGGCCUUUCCGAUGACCAUGGAUGAAAAAUAUGUAAACAGCAUUUGGGACCUUCUGAAAAAUGCAAUUCAAGAAAUCCAGCGUAAGAAUAACAGUGGUCUUAGUUUUGAGGAGCUCUAUAGAAAUGCAUAUACAAUGGUUUUGCAUAAACAUGGAGAAAAGCUCUACACUGGACUAAGAGAAGUUGUUACCGAACAUCUCAUAAAUAAGGUGCGAGAAGAUGUACUAAAUUCAUUGAAUAACAACUUUCUUCAAACGCUAAAUCAAGCUUGGAAUGAUCAUCAGACAGCUAUGGUGAUGAUUAGAGACAUACUAAUGUAUAUGGACCGUGUAUAUGUACAACAAAAUAAUGUGGAGAAUGUCUACAAUUUGGGAUUAAUAAUUUUCCGAGAUCAAGUUGUACGCUAUGGGUGUAUUAGGGAUCAUCUCCGGCAAACACUAUUGGAUAUGAUUGCCAGGGAGCGGAAAGGAGAAGUCGUAGACCGAGGCGCUAUAAGAAAUGCUUGCCAGAUGUUAAUGAUAUUAGGUCUCGAAGGACGAUCAGUCUAUGAAGAAGAUUUUGAGGCUCCUUUUUUGGAAAUGUCUGCAGAGUUUUUUCAGAUGGAAAGCCAGAAAUUUCUAGCAGAAAACAGUGCUUCAGUAUAUAUAAAGAAAGUAGAAGCUAGAAUUAAUGAAGAAAUAGAACGAGUGAUGCACUGCCUUGACAAAUCAACCGAAGAGCCGAUUGUAAAGGUGGUUGAGAGGGAACUCAUUUCCAAGCACAUGAAAACUAUAGUAGAAAUGGAGAAUUCGGGGCUAGUACAUAUGUUGAAAAAUGGCAAGACAGAAGACCUUGCUUGCAUGUACAAGUUAUUUAGUCGUGUGCCAAAUGGUUUGAAAACGAUGUGUGAGUGUAUGAGUUCCUAUUUGAGGGAACAAGGUAAAGCCCUUGUUUCUGAGGAAGGAGAAGGAAAGAAUCCGGUAGACUAUAUCCAGGGCUUGUUGGAUCUGAAGAGUAGGUUUGAUCGCUUCCUCCAGGAAUCGUUCAAUAACGACAGGCUCUUUAAACAGACUAUUGCGGGUGACUUUGAGUAUUUUCUCAACCUCAACUCCAGGUCCCCUGAAUACCUCUCAUUAUUUAUUGAUGAUAAGCUGAAAAAGGGAGUCAAAGGGCUAACAGAACAAGAAGUAGAAACAAUAUUGGAUAAGGCAAUGGUCCUUUUUAGGUUUAUGCAAGAAAAAGAUGUAUUUGAACGUUAUUAUAAGCAACACUUGGCAAGGAGACUUCUUACAAAUAAAAGUGUUUCUGAUGACUCUGAAAAAAAUAUGAUUUCUAAGUUAAAGACUGAAUGUGGAUGUCAAUUCACAUCAAAACUGGAAGGAAUGUUUAGGGAUAUGAGCAUCUCAAACACAACUAUGGAUGAGUUCAGGCAACAUCUACAGGCCACUGGGGUAUCUUUAGGUGGUGUUGAUCUCACAGUCCGGGUGCUCACAACAGGAUACUGGCCCACUCAGUCAGCCACACCAAAGUGCAACAUCCCACCAGCACCAAGACACGCUUUUGAGAUAUUCAGAAGGUUUUACUUAGCCAAACACAGUGGUCGACAGCUCACACUCCAGCAUCACAUGGGUUCUGCAGAUCUCAAUGCCACCUUCUAUGGACCAGUUAAAAAGGAAGAUGGAUCUGAAGUUGGUGUUGGAGGCGCACAAGUAACUGGCUCUAAUACACGGAAGCAUAUAUUGCAAGUCUCCACUUUCCAGAUGACCAUAUUAAUGCUCUUCAAUAAUAGAGAAAAAUACACAUUUGAGGAAAUUCAACAGGAGACAGAUAUCCCUGAAAGAGAACUUGUUAGAGCCCUGCAAUCCCUCGCCUGUGGUAAACCAACACAGCGGGUCCUCACCAAGGAGCCCAAGUCAAAGGAGAUAGAAAAUGGUCACAUAUUUACAGUUAAUGAUCAGUUCACGUCCAAACUACACAGAGUCAAGAUUCAAACAGUUGCUGCCAAGCAAGGUGAAUCCGACCCAGAAAGGAAAGAAACAAGGCAGAAAGUAGACGACGACAGAAAACAUGAGAUAGAAGCUGCUAUAGUGAGGAUAAUGAAAUCUAGGAAGAAGAUGCAGCACAAUGUGUUAGUAGCAGAGGUAACUCAGCAGUUGAAGGCUCGAUUCUUACCAAGUCCAGUUGUUAUUAAAAAACGUAUUGAAGGACUUAUUGAGAGAGAAUAUUUGGCACGAACACCUGAGGAUCGCAAAGUAUACACAUAUGUAGCAUAAAAUGCGUUCAGAAACUUGAUUUAUUAUUGGACUGUACUCUUCGCAUGGACUGGGAAGUUCUUUUAAAUCAUUAAAUAUUAAGACGACCAUCUCUUCUAUUAAAUUACAGUACAUGUUCUAGACCAUUCAGAUCAAGCCUUUACUCCCUUUGAGAGUUUUCAACAUCAGUUGAUUGAGCUUCAGGCUUUACAACGUUUAUCCCUGUAGAGAUCAUCUUUACAGUUCCUCGGGAAAAUGUGAAUGUGCUGAGUUUUGUUUUCAAUACUGUAUGAAAACAGGAAAAAAAUAAAACAAAAUUUAGAAAAUACAGCUCAUUAAAAUAAAAAUUGUUGGAUUUCAUUUCCCCAGGUCUUCAGUGUUCAUGUAAUUGUGUUUUUGUAGCGUUGCUUAGCACUUUGCACAUUGUAUAAGUUGGGUAACAAUAAUGGUAAAAGCAGUGACACGAUUCCCAGUUAUCUCGCUCUGCUUAAGGCAUUUCUUUAGCUCGUCUUGUUUUAAUUUAAAGGUUUGAUUACAUACAGAGACCCAAGCAUAAAAUUUGAGCAUGCUUUAUUCUGCCACUUGCACUUACUAAUCUAAUAGCCUUAUGACCAGGAACCUUUGUUUUGGGCUCAGUACACACCCUGAUUUGAUUUUUCCCUACUGUAAUUUGAGAUGUCCCAAAUUCUUAACAAUGAUUAGGUUUUGUUCUGCAUUAUUUCUAGAGAAAGAAAAUAUUUUAGUAUGUAUAAAUUGUACAAUAAUUUUUUGCUGUUGUAUGCACUGCUAAUAGUGGAUUGUAUAGGGCAGUGUUUAUUUCAUUUAUUGUAGGCAAACACAAAUGAGUUUAGUAUACAUAUACUCACUAAUUCAAGUAUGUCAGAGCACAAAGUUGGCAGCUGGUUAUAUUUAAUUCAGCCCCUCUGAAAAGCACAUGUGGUCUACACUUUGUUUCUAACUAUCUUAGGUUCCCCCUCUCAAAUAUAUAUAUUUUGGUGAAGCUGGGAUCCACUGUUAAUUUUCUGCUUCAGAAUGCAUUCUAAAGAUGCAAUAAAUAUGAUUACCUUAAUAUUUUUUAAUAAGAUCUUCAGUUCUUGCAGCUGCAAUUUGGAAAGUGAUUAAGCAAUAUUUUUCAAACCUGAUGAUUCUUGGAUAUUUAGCUCUUAUAAUCCAAAGAGUCAUCAUUUUAUGUUUUCAAAGAUGUGCUUUGUGCUGAAGAUUCACGUCAGUUAUCUUGUGCUUCCAACUUUCACCAAUAUUUUUUUACCUGACUGAUCUGCCAAGGAUUAUAGUUCGCUUUAACUUCAGAGUAUUUUUAUCUUCAAUUUUAUUUAAUUUUGUUUCAUUUUGUUUUCAUAAGACAAUGUUUCAGAUAUGUAAUCGGGGCAAACCACUAUAGAUCUCUGUUGAUAGAAAGAUGAAAUGUUACUAAUAAUGUCACCAACUGACCCUUGGUUGACUAUGGUAAACUGUUGAUACAUUUAUUAGAAUGUAUGUUUCAGAAGAUGAUAUCUGUUUAAAUUUAUGGUCAAGUUAAAACUGAAUUCUAAUAUGGAUUAAAAAUUCCACAUAAAUAUUUUUUCCCCGUGCGUCUUGGGUUAUAAUUUUCCUUUCAGACUUGGAAAUACGCUCUUAUUGCAUUUAAUUUCGUCUCCAUUUGUACUGUAGAAAUACAGGCCUUAUGCUCUUCUCAGUGCUUUCCAGUUUUGCAUGAUAUAGUUAAGAUACAAGUGAAAGCUAUCAUGAACAUUAUUCUCAGGAUGCUUUGACCAUACUUGAGCGGUAGUCAGUCAGGUGUAACAUGGGAAGGUGAAAGGUUUCCCUUUCAGACUUUACACAAUUGGAAUUUCUGUAAUGAUAGGGUGUUUAUCUACAGGAAAAUACUGGUAUUGCACAUUUCAUUAUUUUUUUAAUUGGUCUCAGUUUCCAAUUAAAUGAUUGAUAUAUAUAUAUAUAUAUAAAACUUUAGGGAAUAGAAUACUUACUGUCAAGUUAAUAUGAAAGAUGUAAAAACUUCAUUUGAAGUCUAAAUGAGGCAUUAAAACAAAAAUUUAGGUUGUGGUUUGAGUUAUUAAAAAUCAGUCAAGUUAAAUUUGUAUCAUCGUCUCAAGAAUGGGUAUACAAAUCACAUGUAGAAUUCAGAGACACACUUGUUAGUUUUGGAGAACAGGUUUGAUAUCUAUGCUUCUGAAUGCUUAUAAAUACAUUAAAACAUUUCUGAAUUGCAGUUGAGUUGAACGAUCAGCGAAUGCAGCCAUUUUGCGUUCAGUUGCAUUUCAGUCAAUUGCAGUUGAGUUGAAUGGUCAGAAAAUGAUGCUGUACUGAAAAACAAAAUUGGAUCACCCAACAUGUUUUAAAUGUUUUAGUGCAUUAGCUUUAUUUUAGUUCAUAAAGCUCAUAGUGAUACAUUUUGACGUUGCUUUCUUUUCAGCAAGAGGUCAUUCAUGCUGUUCUUCUUUGUUUUUUAAUGUCUUAAUCUCAAACAAUGAUCCUAACCAUUCAUUUAAUCCUGUUGAUGUGAAUAGAUUUUGGUGACUUACUUGAAGAAUUUUAAGGAGGAUGGAUACAUAGUUUUUCAAUUGCAAAAAUGAUGUACUCUUUGUCCACUUGUUUAAUUGUAAUUCUCUGCUAUCAUUUUUGAAUCCAGGACAGUGUUUAUUUUGAAUUGUUAUAUAGUUAUAUUAUUUAAAGAUUGAAAACUCAUUGCAAUUAGGGAACACACAGCCUCACAAAAUAAACUUGUGGUUGUGAUUGUAA